AUGGGGUCACUCGACAUAAAGAAUGAGGAUGAAGCGUCGGAUGAUUACUUGGAGCCGGAUGUGGAGUUAUUCAACAGGGAGACUAGUAUACAAAGUAUUCUAUUGAAAACAGAACUGUUAAGCUCUGACAAAAUACAUGUAAUGACUCUACGAGUUAUGUUUUUACAACCUUUAUAACAUAAGAUUUAUGAAACCAUAUAAAAACUUCUCGAUGACACUCCACUCGAGAUCCAAAAGUCUCACAUUCGAAAUUUAACAAUAAUUUAUGUUUAUAUUAAUCUUAAUUUAAUGAUUAAAAAUCGGCUUUUAUGGAUCAAACAUUUAAUUCCCCGUAGUUGAGUUGGGUAGAGGAGAUGAUUUUACAAUAUAUCCGUGGUUCUACAUCCACUUCCAUUGAAAAUUCUUGGAAACUCCUUAUAUUUUUAUAAAAAAAAAAAUGUUCCCGAAAUUCCAUCCUAAAAUGUCAAUCAAAUUCUAGCAAUUCCUAACAAAUUUUUGCUCCCUAAAAUUCUAGUAAAAUGUCAUAUAUCGUAUUCUAAGAACAAGUUAUAAUUAGAUUCACUACGACGAAACAUUGAAACUUUUACCAUCGACGGCAUUACCUUUAUAUAACUUAGAAAAGGAAUUGAGCAGUUUCGGUAUCGAAAAAUUUGGGCCGACCAAGAAGAGAUUUCUCGUCAUUAUUAUAGCAUCUACUGCGUCUUUCCUCCAAGUAAGUACACCUACCCAACGAUGACCAUGAUCAAAUUCGAGUGCGGCAUUUCAACUGACAAUCUGUUUUAGAUAUUUUCUCAGUGCAUAUGGAGCGCCAUAUACGAACCGGCGCUCGCGGCUUUCCCGAACUGGUCCAGCAGAUCGUUGGCCCUAUUGCCCAUAUGGGGCAGCAUAAUGACUGCAGUGUUGGUGUUUCCGGCGUGUCUAACCAUCAAUAAAUACGGUAUGUCGAUACAUAUUAUGAACCUAGCUCAGAUGUUUUUAUACAGGUACCUACGUACUUACCCGUAGUGUGUUUCUGCCUCAGGAUUAAAAUUGAGUUUGUUAUGGUCAUGUUGUUUUUUGACGUUGGGCUCGGCCGUCCGAUGUUUACCAUCCGUAUAUUCAUCUACUAUGUGAGUUAUUCCUAAAAAUACAUCAAUAAUACGUAUAUUUUUUGCUAUUUUUUGCAUCACGAACAAAACAAUAAUUCUUUCGUUGAAAACGAACACCGUGUGUGUAGUAUGCUGUAGUUUAGAUUCUGGGUGCAAUGAGGAAGCUAUUAUAUAGAAUGUUCUACAGUAUUAUCCGUCGCCUAAUACCACUGGCAAUAUUCAUUUUUUAAAUUCUGAGUGGAACGAGGAAUGUAUUAGUUUUACAUAGAUGUUUAUUUUUUUAUUUUUUUUUGUAUGUGAAACUUUUUCUAUUAGAAAGUAUAAUCCAAUUAUCAAGUACAGCACCUUUUAUAAAAGGAAAUGUUCUCUGGGCAGUACUUUAAAUAGGUUAUUUUUUGAAAUUUUCAUUGAUAUUCCAGAUAAUGAGGAAAACCUGGUUCUUUAGGUUAAAAAAGAUUGAAAGAUUGAAAAAUAAGGUUAUCAUUGGCAACCGUUUUUAUUUAUUUAUUAUUAUUAAGUUUUUAUUAUUUUAAAACUUUUUUUAACAAUCAUUAUUGUCAUUUUAUCAUUUUACCAUAAUAUGACAUACAUAUUGUUGACAAAGCAACACUAUCAACUGAACUCAGCUCAGAAUCAUUUUUUCGUUAGCAAUGGUUUAUCGUUGCUUACAAAUAACAGAUAUAUAUUGAAUUUCCAUCUGUAUAAAACCUUCCUCACUCUCCACCUACAAAAGUGGCUGCACCUACGUGCGAAGUAUGUCCGUUCUGUUUUUCUAUCGGGUUUAUGAAAGAGAGACAAACACAUAAGUAGAGAAAAAUAAAAUUUUUGUUUUCAUUCCUUAAUCACUGAAAAAAAAUUUGUAUUCUUUCAAUUUUUAAAAUUUCCAAAAUAGCCAAUUUUUAAAAUAUAUUAUUUUAAACAAUUUAAUGUAUACCAUACUUAAAUAUUCGAUCAAUAUUUUCUUAGUAAUAUUCAUUUUAACUUCUACAAAAUAGGUGUGAAAUAAAUUAAUUUUCAAUAGAAUAAUACGUGAGGUACCCGAUAAUGAAUCACUAUCAGCAAGGUAAUUCUUAUUCUUCUAUGGAAUAUUAAUUGUUUUCACGCCUAUUUUCUAUAAAUUAAAGGCGAUAUAACUAAGAGACUAUUGAUCGAAUAUGAAUUUAUGAUACAUUCAAAUGUUUAGAAUAAUAUCUUAUACAAAAUAGUAAUUUUGAAAAUUUUAAAAAGUGAUGAAAUAUAGUUAUUUUUCCAGUGAUUAAGGGAUGAAAAUAAAAAUUGUAUCUUUCUCUUUAUAUGUACCCCUCUUAAACAAAACCCGAUUGUAAAAAACAAGUUAAAAAAAAAUGAAUAUUGACAGUUAUUAGCCGACGGGUUACACCGUAAGACAUCCUGUUUAGUUUAUACUAAGAUGUACCCUCUCCCGGACUCUCCAUCCAGGAGUAUUGUUGUUUAUUGAUUUGGAACGUUUUCCUAUUAAGUCCAAAAGUUUCAUCCCGUUCACAUCACUUGAAUUUUGUACAUUUAAAAGAAACAUUUUAUUGAUUUCUAAUUUCCCCCCCUUGUUUUUACAAUAUUUUCGGUAAACAAAUUUUCACCUUAGCUCCAUUACUCGAAAUCGUUUCUGGUUUAUUGUCAUGAAUUAUAUAUUAUAAUAAAUCACCCUUACAUGCUUAUCUUUUUUCCCCUCCAACUUACAGGUUUAUACACUUAUCAUCCAUAUGUCUGGCUGCGGGUGGCGUGGCCAUGACGCCGCUGAUAAUAACCGUGUCAGCGCAAUGGUUCCCGAAAAAUGAGAGGACCAUGGCCACUGGUCGGUAGAGAUAAUAUAGUGAUAAAAUUCUUUAUACUGAUAAGUUGUUAUAUGUUCGACAAAGGUUUCGGUUCGGCGAUGGGAAUGUUGGGAUCGGCAGCCACGUACAUUGUUGGUUCCAUGAUAGUGUCCACAGAUUCCGAAGGAUCUCUAAACCCGAUUGUUCUCAGAAUCCGGAUCAUGAGCUUACUAUACACGUGUACGUUUGCACGAUACUGACCUGACUUUUUUUUUUUUUAAUAUUAUCGGUAAUACUUUUUUUUGCGUACCCGGGACUAUUGCGAAGUAUUACGUCGGAUACACAGCCCACCAUCGUUUAGUAAAAAUAUCAAAUAUAACAAUUUUUUGUUUCUUCUAAAAUCCCGUUUUCCCCUACAGCGGGGCGGGCUCACAUCUUAUCACGUGUUAGNACGAUACUGACCUGACUUUUUUUUUUUUUAAUAUUAUCGGUAAUACUUUUUUUUGCGUACCCGGGACUACCCGGACUACCCGGGACAGCCAGUCGUCGUCACCAUCGCCACCGCGGUUUUACCACAGGUGCUCCACCUGCUUCUUUUCCGUUAUAACGGCCUCAGUGAAGUCCAUUACCGCAUUCUAACAGUCUGGGGAAUGACCUGACUUGACUUCAUGGAACAUAAUAUAAUAUUAUGUUAUACUAAUUUUACUGUUUUUUUUUUUUUUUGUUUUCUCCACUGCAGGUUUUGGUCUAAACGUAUUAGUUACGCUUUUGGUUUAUCUGAUAUUUCCGUCGCAUACGCAGCCAAUGAGUCAUGUGUCCAAACAGGCGAUGGCCUCACACCAGUCCGCCAAAGUGUAUUGCUCGCUGAAAAUCCUCUUCUUGUGUGUAAUUUCCAUAAUGAUCACACUGCGUUUUUGCAGGCUUUUAAAUAAGUUUCUUUAGUUUUAUCAAAUUUAAUUAUAAUAUUAUAGGGAUUUUGACGUGUGGUGUUUGGUACUGGCAUUCGCUCUGUCCAACACCAUGUUGGCCCCUUGGACGGGUCUGUUACCAUCUACGUUCUCUAAACUUCACGUGCCACCCGUAACGAGAAAAACAAAUAUACAUAUUUGACAUUUUUUGUACGUAUAGUGAAACAAUACUUAGUGCAUUUGUGUAAUUUUUUCUUUUAGGAACUCAGCUCUAAUAUGGGUUUUUACAUGAUCAUUCACACUUUUUUUUUGAGCCUAACUAUAAGCACGUUUGCAUAUCGGGCGCCCGGUUAUAGCAAGGAGUUUACCUUGUUCAGCCGGCUCAUCUCGUUGGUUUUCCUGUUUUGGUUGAUGCUCAUGUUGAACUUUGGCGCCAGAAUGACGACCAGUAAGUAUUCGGGUAUGCAGGCCGAUUCUGGAGAUCCGCGAUCGCUGCAGGCGUAUACUACCCCCCUAGUGCAACAAACAAUAAAUGCCAAAUUUUAAAAAUUAAGUUUAUUCCAUUUUACGGAUGAUUUGAUAAUUCGGUGUUUUUUUCCGUAGGUGAAACGCAGUAACUCCACUAGAAAUGUUUUUUAAAAAGCAUUAUAAAAUGUCGUAUCGACCAAAAUAUUGUCCAAUACUAGGGAAAAACACAGUAUGUAGCAUAUUCUAAAAAGUAAAACAGUAUGUACAAUAGAAAUAUUGCAUAUUUUCUUAGAAAAACUGAUGUCUCAAUGCGUAUACUGCAUAUUUUUCUAGUAGUCUUAGAAAAAACGGUUUUAUAGUAUGCAUACUUUUUCUUUUAGUUAUGAAUGAUCGUACUUAUCAAACACGACAUUUAUCAGAUACCUUGGUACUAUUAUUACCAUUAUGUGUUAUACUACUUGUUACCAUUCUACCAAUAUUUUGUUAUCAAUUAUUACUAUCAGUAACUACAGCAUUUUUAUACAAAUGUAUUUACAAUAUUUCAAUAAGUGCAUUGUACUUUAAACCAGAUACCUAACAGUUUUAAAUUUAAUUUUCAGUUUAUACAAAAGAAUAAUAUAACAAAUACAAUAACAUUGUGUACAAACAUUUAUAUUAAAUGUAUACAAUCUAUAAAUUUAAAUUCACUUAAACGUGUCAGUAAACUGACAAAAUCUAGCUUUAUAGAGAUACUAUAUUCUGUAAAAAAAAAAAAUGUUUGUAUUGGGUACCUAUACUAGAGAAAAAUGCAGUAUUUUCUUAAAAAUGAAAAACUAAAAUAAUAAACUAAGUACAUAAAAAACUUUCAAAAUAAUUAAAGAUGUCUAAAAACUAAUAAUUAAUGUAAAAAGAAGCGAGUCAAAAUAAUAAGUUCACGGUGAAAAACAAAGAAAUCGAAAAUAUUUUCCCAACAAUUGAGUUUUUGGAGAUACUGCUUGUUGCACUAGAAGAACAAUAUACUUACAAAUUCGUUGCUGUUUCAGCGACCCUGGUGUGCGUGGUACUGAUGGCAUUUCCAUACGGCUGGUGCAGUCAGAGUCUUUUGUACGAAAUGGGUGCCCAGCUCAUGUAUCCGUUGCCCGAGAGCUUCGUGGCCGGCUACAUGACCCUGUUGAACAACUUGUUCGUGGAUUUUGUGUACGGAGUGAUUUUUUUUUUCCCAAGUUUCGGUAAUCUUGUCCUUUUAUUAUCGAUUCUAUUUGAAUUCCGGGGAGAAUUCGUCGGACCCACGAUUACUUUUUUUUUAAAAGUGCCCGGAUUUUUAUGCAAAACCCAAUAAUAUACACGUAAAUUUAAAUACAGAUACAGGAAUCUGAGCAACAGAUUAUCAAUCAAUGACAAAAGUGUUGCAUACACUUUUAUAUUGUUAAAUUAAAUUCCUACCGCACAAUGGUCAUGAUCGAUUUUGGACAGCAAAACUAUAUAAUACGCACAACAUCUUAAUAUGUGGUUAUAUGAUUGUUAAGGACAAUGUAUACAUAAUACAUAUAGCAGAUGAUCAUUUAAGCGGGUACACUCAUUAUCUUGGAAAGUAUUAACUUUUUCCGGAAUUUGUUUUCUAGAACAUUUAAAAAACAAGCUGAUCUACAAUUUUAUACUUGUUAUUUUUUGUUACUCUUUUUUUUAGAGGUGAAAGAACUAUCUACUUGA